CCGAAAGCUGCCAAGACAUUUUAUGUGAUAAUCGUAAAAGGAAAUUACGGAAAUGUUGUUUUAACAUAUUCUCUAACAACAAACAUUGAUUAUAAGAUCUCAUUCGUCACAUCUUGAUUUGUCAAAAAAAGAGAGAGAGAAUAAAAAAAAAAGAUUCGUAGUGAUUUCGUCUUCCUCUGUAGUGGCACCUCGUGUUGGGAGCUGACAGUGCGCGCGCGUGUGUUUGUGUGGUUUGUGCCAGUGGGCGCGCGCGUGUGCCUGUCUGUCUCUGUGUGUGUUCCGUUAUUUUCCGGGUUGCGUUCAGUCAGCCAGCCACAGCCAGGGAGGCAGGCGGGCAGUGUCGGUGGUGGUGGUGGUAGUGGCGCUGCAGCUGCCAGCUGACACUUCCACCGAGGAGGAGCUGAGGUCAAACUUGGCUGUCUCUGUCUCUCUUGUCUGUGACCGAGGCUGCAUCAUCACCACCAUCAUCAUCAUCAUGGCGGAUCAAGGCGAAACUCCGACUGCCGUCCAACAGCCGCAGCCCUCAACCGGCUGGCCAAUUACCAGGGAGUCCUACGAGCUGCAGGGAGUCAUAGGCAGCGGGGCCACAGCUGUGGUGCAGGCGGCCCUCUGUACCCCCAGACAGGAGCGCGUGGCCAUAAAGAGGAUCAACCUGGAAAAAUGCCAGACCAGCAUGGAUGAGCUGUUGAAAGAAAUUCAAUCCAUGAGUCAGUGCAACCACCCAAACAUCGUCACCUACUACACUUCCUUUGUUGUGAAGGACGAACUUUGGGUGGUGAUGAAGCUCCUGAGUGGAGGCUCCAUGCUAGAUAUAUUAAAGCAUUCGAGCAAAGAAGAAGAUAAAAGUCUUCGACUUUUAGAUGAGCCAAUUAUUGCCACAAUAUUAAAGGAAGUUCUGGAGGGUCUGGACUAUCUCCACAGAAAUGGACAGAUUCACAGGGAUGUGAAAGCUGGGAACAUCCUGCUGGGAGAAGAUGGGUCUGUUCAGAUUGCAGAUUUUGGGGUAAGCGCAUUUUUAGCGGCCGGGGGCGACAUGACGAGACACAAAGUUCGAAAGACUUUUGUUGGGACGCCAUGUUGGAUGGCUCCAGAGGUGAUGGAACAGGUUCGAGGCUAUGAUUUCAAAGCAGAUAUGUGGAGUUUUGGGAUUACAGCAAUAGAGUUAGCAACAGGCUCUGCACCCUAUCAUCGCUACCCUCCAAUGAAGGUUUUAAUGCUUACUCUGCAGAACGAUCCGCCCACCCUGGAGACGGGCGUUGAGGACAAGGAAAUGCUCAAAAAAUACGGAAAAUCAUUUCGAAAGCUUAUAACAACGUGCCUUCAGAAGGACCCUGCUAAAAGGCCCACAGCAGCCGAGCUUUUGAAGUGUAAAUUCAUCCAAAAGGCUAAGAACAAAGAAUAUCUUGUUGAAAAGCUUUUGAGUCGUGCACCAAAGAUUUCUCAACGAGCAAAGAAGGUCAGGAGAGUCCCAGGCUCCAGCGGCCACCUGCACAAGACCGUGGACGGAGACUGGGAGUGGAGCGACGACGAGCUGGACGAGGGCAGCGAGGAGGGCAAAGCCGCGGUGAAUCAGGGCAGGGUAAGUGAGUCACGAAGGGUCAAUUUUGAGGCCAAAGACAAUGAGGAAGAUGCCAACAAUAUCCCUAUAGAAGGCUUGUCUGUUCAGCAUCCCCAGGUGGAACCAUACGAGAAUACAGCAGCCUUCAUUCAAGGAGCUAUGAACAUGGUACUGCGACUACGGAACUCCAAAAAGGAGCUAAAUGACAUUCGGUUUGAGUUCACACCUGGGCGAGACACUGCUGAAGGCGUUUCCCAAGAGCUCUUCUCCGCCGGUCUGGUCAACGGACUUGAUGUCUUAAUUGUUGCUGCUCACCUUCAAAAGAUUGUAGAUGACCCGAUUACCUUUAAAGUGUUGACCUUUAAGCUGGCUUCCUGCUGCGAUGACAUAGAGAUCCCGGAUGAGGUGAAGUUGAUCGGCUUUGCACAGUUAAGUGUUAGCUGAUGCCCCCUUCGUCCUUGAAGCAGGUGAGGCAGGGAAGACAGUUCAGGGCAGACAGACUGAGGAACACACCCCGGCCAUCGCCACCACCACCAAGACUUCCUGCUACAUCCUUCCCAACAGCCUCACAGAAAAGUCCUCGUCUUUUCUCCCUCGCUCCUUUUAUCUUCCCAAAGCUCUGCCGUCGCCUCACCGCCACCUCUGCAGCGUCGACUUCCCUGCUCGCCGUCCCUCAGCCUCUAACCUUAACAUUCCAGCACCCAGCGCACAGAACAGAACCGGGACACAGCCCAGGAACCAAAAGAUGUACUCAGGCAGUGAAAGAAGGUGAUAAAUAUGUAGCUUUGAAUGUUUUAUUUAUUUUCUCAACUCCUACACUGUUCUUUUCAGCCAAGUUCUCGUUGUUUAUUGAAAUGAGAAGAUAUUUAAUUUUUUUUUUUUUUUUUUGUCUUACUGAUUUGUUGCCACUGUGAACAGAAAAUUUCCCACAAACCCUCUGAUUUGUGAAAAUUCCCCGGGGUCUGUGUCAGAAUGUAAGAUUUGGUAAAUAUGUAGAUAUAAGCACAUUUUUAUAAUAACAUGAUGAAUGUUCUAAAAAAGAAUCCCCUGAAUGAAACGUUUUAUGUAUUCAGACCUGUUUAACUAAAAAAAAAAAACGGUACCGUUCGGUUGAGUGUGCAGAAAUAACCGAGACCUGGUUGUUACUGUGUAUACUUAGCUGCUCUCGACGGUGUUAACGCUUCAGAAAAUGCUUGAGGUGCCUUGUUCAUUUUUCCGUGCCUAAGAAAGAUGUCAGCUAGUGAGACCACACUGAGAGCUGAACCCCCUGAGUGUCACUUCAUCAAUGUAUCCCCCCCCCCCCCCCCGCCCGCCCGCAACGACGCUGUUCUGACGCGCUGUCUUAGCUCAACAAGACGAGAUAAAAUGCACUUUUGAGUGGAGAGUGUGCAAACCAACAAACUGACUCUUAAUUUAUGCUUUUUUUUUUUUUUUUUUUCAUCAGACGAAUAAAACCUUAUGGAACCUGCAGGUGUAUACUCUUGCUCUAGUUAGUGUCCAUCAGAAGCCACAAUCCAACACUGGGUGGAUUUUAUUAUUAUUUUUUGUUCGUUUUUGUUUAAAAAAGUAAAGUAGCUGCCUAAUUGUUACCGUAUGAGGUCUAAAAACAAAGCCAAACAGCUUCUGCUGAGUGUGAAGAACCUUUUGUUUGUCCAAACAAGUCCAGUAGCACUAAAUCGUUUUAGGUAUAAAAAAUGUUAAAUAAUAACUCCUCUAAAAUCUUUUCUCUGCUAAAGUUAAUUAUUAUUAUAAUUUUUUUUAAUGUACACUCUGUGCAUCAUUUCAGCGUAUUACCCAUUCUCCUUCUCUGUAAUCAGCUAAUGUCAAACUUCUGAUGAGGAGCAACAAAUAAAGAGAGUAUUUAAGAA